AUGAGGGUACGCACAAACUCAGCAUGGCAGUCAAUUGCUGUUCUCUUACUGUUGGUCGGAGCAGCGCAGGCUUCUUUGGGUGACAGGCUGCCGGACUUUAAGCACUGUCUAGAGGUCUGCAAGGAAGCCAAUUGUGGCGACAACCCAACGCCCAUACCCUUCCACCGCCGCGUCCUGUUCUGGGACUGUCCCGCCGAAUGCGACUACACUUGCCAACACGUCGUAACCACAAAGCGCCUUGCCCGCGAUCCGCCUUAUAUGCAACCUGUAUACCAGUUUCAUGGCAAAUGGCCAUUCUACCGCUUCAUGGGCAUGCAGGAGCCCUUCAGCGUCAUCUUUUCGCUGUUCAACUAUCUUGCUCACAACUGGGGCAUGGCACAGCUUCGCGAAAAGAUCCCUGCUUCCUACUCCCUGCGAAAGUACUACCUGUGGUUUGGGUACGUAGGUCUGGCGAGCUGGACGUUCAGCAUGAUCUUCCACAUCAGGGACUUCAACAUCACAGAGAAGCUGGACUACUGGGCGGCAGGCGCGAACGUGCUGUAUGGGUUGUACUAUGCUCCAAUCAGGGUGUUCCGGCUCGACCGCAAUGAUCCAAGGAAACAAAGCGUGUUGAGGCUGUGGACAGCGCUGUGCAUACUCCUCUAUGUCAUGCACGUCGCAUACCUCUCGCUGUGGAGCUGGGACUACACGUACAACAUGGCUGCGAACGUCGUAGUGGGCACGCUGGCAAACGUACUUUGGAGCGGGUUCAGUUACGUGCAGUACAAGAGGAUUGGGAGGACAUGGGCGGUGCUGCCCGGUAUCUGCGUAGCAUGGAUCAUCUCAGCAAUGAGUCUGGAGCUAAUGGACUUCGCUCCCUGGAAGGGCAUGAUCGAUGCGCACAGCUUGUGGCAUCUCGGGACCGUGAUGCCCACAAUACUGUGGUACAACUUCCUUGUCAAGGACGCCCAAGAAGACAUAGCAGGUACGCGAAUCAAGCAGUAG